AUGACAGGCGUACAGACCAAGGAGAGAAAACACAACAUCAAAUUGCCGAACAUCUCGCGAAAAACACAUCAAAGAGUCACGGCUUCGAAACAACAGUAUUUGGAAUUGCGGAAGGCCAAGGCCACAAUAGUCGCUGUUUCCAAGAUGAUGGCUCCUUUCGACGGCUCAGUUCAACAGCAACAGCAAGGUGUGUCCCAGGCUUCAUUGCCAAGACCUCCAAUGCCACCGGGUCAUGCUGGGCAACAACCGAUGAACCCAGCUUACACCCAUGGUCUACCACGGGGAGUUGCCGCUGGAAUCCCUCAUGCGUACCAAAUGCGCCCACAAUCUCCAGGAUCUCGUCAUGAUAGCUUCCAAAUGCCUAGUGCAGGUGGGCCACAAGGACAGUAUACGUCACAUCAACCUCUCCACUCACCGGGUCACCAACAGCAGCCGCAAGGAGGCCAAAUACACCCAGGGAUGACUCAAAUGCACAGAGGAUCAUCGCAAUCGCGAAACGGGCACGUUCUCCCAAUGCAACAAACUCACGAUAACAUCAUGGCAUCGACCAACGGCAGAAACCAGCAAUUCAUGGGCAGCUCCAUGGGCGGUGGCAUGGACAAUUCAAUGAACAAUACUUUGAAUAACUCAAUGAAUACCUCAAUGAACGGUAAUGCUAUGAUGUCAAUGGGAAACCCCGUGAACAUGAUGGGAAACUCUAUGAAUGCAGGUUUGCCAAAUAUGACAAUGAAUCCCAAUAUGGGGAGUGUUGGAGUGAUGAAUGUGUCAAACGGAUCCAUGAGAUCAUCUUCCGCACCAAUGCUGAAUUCAAGCAUGCACAGUGGCGGGGGGAUGCACGGAAGCUGGCAAACAGACAGAGAUACGCAGCACCGAAGAGAUAUGAUUCAACACAUUGUGAAAAUGCUGAAGAAAGACAGAAAUGGAUCGCCAGAGUGGCUCAGUAAACUACCGCAAAUGGCAAAACAGCUAGAGGUCUCUCUUUAUAGAAAUGCCAGAUCGUUUGAGGCCUACACGGACAUGAAUACUUUGAAACAACGACUUCAGCAAAUAGCUGCAGAAGUAUCAAAAAAGGCCAGAGAUCAAAGAGACGAUCGUCAAAGAGAUCGGAUUCCAUCGUCCAACAAUAAAAAUACGAACUAUAUUGGGAUGACAUCCUCCAAUACAUCAAUUCAGUCAAAUUCAAUUGGGCCUGGUAGUGUGGCGAACAACAACCCCAUGUUGGACAUGAAUAGUAUGAGAGGAAGUGCACACACGCAGAUGAGAACAGUAGGUGGCUCUAAUUUCCAGGAUCAGCGAGCCGCAACUAGUAGCAACAGAACUAGUGCAAGCCAUGGGAUGGGAAACUCGCUAUCGUCUGGCACAGUAUUAAGCUCGUCAGGAUCAUCAAAUCGGAAUGAUCCUGAAUGGAGAGUAAGAAUCAGACACAAACAGCAGCGUUUGCUACUUCUUCACCAUUCUGCCAAAUGCCCUCAUGAAGACGGGCGAUGUCCCGUGACUCCCCACUGUGCUGACAUGAAGCGCCUAUGGAAGCAUAUGGAAGGUUGCAAAGACAAUCAGUGCCGAGUACCCCACUGCUUCUCGUCAAGAGCCAUUUUGAGUCACUAUAGGAAGUGCAAAGAUGUCUCAUGCCCAGCUUGUGGACCAGUUAGGGAUACAGUAAGAAGAUCACAGAAUCGCAAUACAUCGAGCUCAAACUUGUCCUUGGGUCAAAAUAGGCAAUCUAGAACCAACAUGGGGGAAGAAGUUCAAAGAAUGGGUGCCGAUGGGAACACUUCAGCCCAUCCACCUCUUCCUUGUCGUGCCAAUUCUUACCAACCUUCGCUAGGUAACUCUUUCAACCAAUCUCAAGACCCAAAGCCACUGAUGCCCCCUUCUGGCAACAUGUCGAAACCACAAUACCCUUCGAUCCAAUCGUCUUCGCAAAACGCACAAUCGUCUGGGACAAACAAUGAGGUCGUCGGAGGACAGUCACUGCACUUCUGUCAGGGUUCGUCGGUCGACAGUGGCGUCGUCGACAAGGGAGCUCGAGAGACGCCAAACGGCAAUUCAUGGGUGGGGGAGCGACAACAAGACAAGGGCCCUAUUCCUCCAACCCGACGGAAUGAUUCGGAAUGGCAAAAAGUUAGGCACAAGCAGCAACGGCUUCUCUUGCUCCGUCAUGCUUCAAGAUGUCAAUACAAGAGCAGCUGUCCUGUAACGCCUCACUGUGCCAGUAUGAAAAAGCUGUGGGAACACAUAGCGCACUGCAAGGAUCAGAGAUGUAGCGUCCCACAUUGUAUGAGUAGCCGAUACGUCCUGAGUCACUAUCGAAGGUGUAAGGACGCCAGAUGUCCUGCCUGUGCGCCGGUGAGAGACACAAUCCGAAAAAGCCACGAGAAAGAGCGACAAGGGCAAUCUGCUGGUCUUACCAAUUCAUUUGAUACCGAGAAACAGGGGGAUUCGUCGACAACAGCAUUUGACGCUGGUUUUGCUGAUAGUUCGGAAAUCAGCACUUCUGAUGACAAUCAAAGGUCCGCAAAGCGCUCAAGAUUGGACCAAGGCGUUUCGUUGUCCGUUGCUCCGUCCGUCACAGAUGGUCUUUCGGAAAAUGCAAGUAAUUUUGACAAUUCAAAAAAAAAGGAAACCCUCUCCAAUGAGAGAAUUGGUGUGAAAGCUUCACAGUCACUGGAAGGUUUACAAAAGGAGCCCAUCCCAAAUCCUGCCACUCAAAACGCACAAACUUCAGAGGAUAGGUCUCUUCUCAACAGCUUCUCAGUGGCUCAGCUGACAACUCAUUUGGAAUCUUUAAAUCGAGUGGCGCAACUCUCUCCUGCAAUAAUCAAACAGAAAUGUUUGGAGGUAUUGAAAGGUCUUCAAGCUCAUCAACAUGGUUGGGUAUUUAACUCUCCAGUGGACCCUAUCGAGCUCGGUCUUCCUGAUUACUUUGAAGUUAUCAAGAAGCCAAUGGAUCUUGGUACAGUAUCUAAAAAGCUUGACAGCUGUGCAUAUCACGAAAUUUGUGACUUUCAACGAGAUGUCAAUCUGACUUUUGAUAAUGCUAUGCGAUACAAUGAAGAAGGAACUGUAGUCUAUGGGAUGGCCAAGGAGCUCAAAGAUAAAUUCGAGGAAGACAAUGAGGAGCUAUUUGAGCAACUCAAAGCUGAAGAUUGGGUGAGACGUCAAAAUGAUAGGGCAUGCGUUCUUUGUGGUUGCGAGAAACGUUUGUUUGAAUCCCCCGUUUUUUUCUGCAAUGGCUUGAACUGUCAAAGCAAACGUAUACCACGAAACAGAUAUUACUACAUUGGCGGAAACAACCAGUAUUUCUGGUGCAAUCAAUGUUACAAUGAUCUUGAUAAAAACACACCUCUCGAGUUUGUGGAUCUCACGGUUAAUAAAAGUGACUUGAAAAAGAAGAAAAAUGACGAGGUGCAUGAGGAAAGCUGGGUACAGUGUGAUGUCUGCGAAAAAUGGAUCCAUCAGAUCUGUGGGCUUUUCAAUACCAGACAGAACAAAGAGCACCAGAGCGAAUAUUGCUGUCCGCUUUGUCUUCUUGAAAAGAGAAAAAAGGGUACCUCUGCUACCCUUCCCCUGCGACCACCUGGUGCGGCUGACUUGCCAAGAACGAAACUGUCAGAAUACUUGGAAAAAGAUGUCACUAAACGGAUUGAAGAGAAGAAACAGGGAAGUACCGGGAAUGCGCAAUCAAUCAAUGCUGGCUCUGUCAUCAUCAGACAAGUCACCUCUAUGGACCGAAAACAUGAGGUUCGAGAAAAAAUGAAAAGCAGGUACAAAUACAAGAAUUAUCCUGACGAAUUCCCUUUCCGAUGCAAAUGUAUCGUUGUAUUUCAGCACAUCGACGGUGUUGAUGUUAUUCUAUUUGCUCUAUAUCUGUACGAACAUGGCGAAGACAACCCUGCUCCAAACAAACGCUGUGUAUAUAUUUCAUACUUGGAUAGUGUACAUUUCAUGAGACCUCGGCGACUGCGAACAUUUGUUUAUCAUGAGAUUCUUAUUUCCUACCUGGACUUUGCUCGUCAACGCGGCUUUGCGACUGCGCACAUUUGGGCAUGCCCUCCCUUAAAGGGUGACGAUUAUAUCUUCUACGCUAAGCCCGAGGAUCAAAAGACUCCAAGGGACUCAAGACUAAGACAAUGGUACAUUGAUAUGCUUGUGGAAUGUCAACGGCGCAGUGUAGUCGGGAAGGUUACCAACAUGUAUGACUUGUAUUUUGCAAACGAUUCACUAGAUGCAACUGCAGUUCCUUACCUAGAGGGGGACUAUUUCCCAGGGGAAGCAGAAAACAUCAUCAAGGUGCUCGAAAAUGGAGGGAACAAAAAGGGCGGAAAUGCAGGGAAAAAGAUGGCUGGAAGCGCGGAGAACAGGAAGAGUACUGUGGAAAUUGAGCGAGACCAAGUAAUGGUAAAGCUUGGUGAAACCAUCAAGCCGAUGAAGGAAAGUUUUAUUGUUGCAUUUUUGAAUUGGUCGGAAGCCUCGAAAGAAAGCAUGAAAGUACCUGAGGUUGUCCUGAAGUAUCGGUCAGAGCACCCUGAGGCGAUGGUACCUUUGCUAACUGGUAGAAAGCGCGACGCUGAUGGAAAUACACGUGAAUUGGAUCGCAAUGGCCGACCUAUGAAGGUAAUUGAUGACGAUGUGGAAGAUCUUGAUUGCGAGUUUCUAAACAACAGGCAGGCUUUUCUCAAUCUCUGCCGAGGCAAUCACUAUCAAUUUGAUGAACUUCGUCGGGCGAAACAUACGUCCAUGAUGGUUUUGUGGCAUCUGCAUAACAGAAACGAACCCAAGUUUGUUCAGCAGUGCGUGCAUUGCAAUCGAGAAAUCCUAAGUGGUAUGAGGUAUCAUUGCGCUAUUUGCAGUGAUUAUGACUUGUGUGAGAAGUGUUACAAAGAUCCCAAAACAAAUCGUGGGUCAUGUACACAUAAGCUUCACCCAAUUGCGGUGGAGAGCGAAGGGGCACAGGAGGGACAAGGAAAUUCCAAUGGUGUAACUGCUCAACAGAGAAAACAGCGGCAGGGAAAUCUCCUGCUACAUAUUCAGCUGAUUGAACAUGCUUCAAGGUGCAGCUCCAGUUCCUGCACUUCGACUAAUUGUGCUAAAAUGAAGAAGUAUUUGAUGCAUGCGAAAACCUGCAAGAUAAAGGUUCAAGGCGGCUGCAGAAUUUGCAAGCGCAUCUGGACACUAUUGCGAAUCCAUGCUCAAAAAUGCAAAGAUGAAGUAUGUCCCAUCCCACAGUGUAUGGUGAUUCGUGAGAAGAUGCUUCACAAAUGUGUGCCAGAUGAAUGGGUCAACCUUGUACUGUAUCUGAUGAAAACGGAGUUUUGGACAAAGGACAGACAACAAGCUUCUUCUGCAGAGAUGAUUGUUUCCUUCUUUGAAGCAACAGAGAAGGCUGCAAGGCGGGAAAUUUUUGGAACAAUAACUGAGAAAUUAAGUGUUAGGAUGCUACUCUAUGGCCAUUCUAUUGCCCGUGGAAUAUUCGGCUGUAAAAAUCAAGAUUCAGCAGGAUCUCAGAGACUCCCACUUGCCUAUAAAUGCCUUCAACCACUUGUUUGUCCUUUGCUCGUUUGGAGUGGUAUGGUGGAAGAUAGUAGAGAUGGCAGCCAUGGUGUGAUGAGUGGGUAUUUACUCGAGCCCACUCUGCUUGCCAAAGCCCUGUCACAUUGA